AUUUUAGAUACUUAAAAAAUAUUAUACAUUAUAUCACAUUGUAUCAACAAUUAAUUUAAAUUUAAAUUUAAACAAAUGAGUGAACAAAUUGAAAAUGCAAACAACGAUUUAGAAAAAGCUAUAAUUAAUGAUAACAGUGUCGAUGGAGUUACUACUGAAGACAGUCUCAUAUUACGUAGCCCUGAGCCGAGUAGACCAGCAAAACAUCGGCAAUCAAUUACACAACAAUUACCUUCAUUUGUUACUAACAAAAUUAGUUUGUUGGUAUCAUUUUUGCUUAGUAAUAUUUUAAGCAUAUGCUGUAUUGUAAUUGGUUCAGUCUACAUUAACCAAUGUCCACAUUCACCAAAAUUGCCCAGGAUACUUAUCAUUAAUGGCACACUAAAUAUUGUUUUGCUUAUUGUACAGAAAUUUCGGAUCUUUUUUCAAAGCAAAUCAGUGCAAAACAAAGUUUUAUAUAUCACAGAAACUAUUUUAUUGAUUGCCUCAAUAUUUACAUUUAUAAUUUGGAUUAUAUUUGUUUAUAACAUUAACCCGGAAUACGAUGAGACAAUUGGACCGAUUUAUUGCAAUCAAACACUAUAUUUGUUUGCAUUUUGGUUGCCGACAAUCAUCAUUACAUUUGCCAUAUUUUUGUUAGCAUUAACGUGUUGUUUCGUUUAUCGUGGCUUUAAAAUUGUCAGCAAUUGA